AUGACAGUGUUUCUAUUUGGAUUUUCAACAAUAACAACAGGAAUAGAUCUGAAAAGUAAGGUCAGGUCACUAGAACAAACUAGCAAACAAUUGGAAGAGGCUUUAAAGGCAAAACAAACUUUUUUAAGACACAUUAGUCAUGAAUUUAGAACUCCAUGCCUCUCUUCAUUGGGAAGCGUCGAACUCUUGAAAGAAACCACUCUCACUGAAUAUCAGAGAGAUUUGGUCGAAACCAUUGCAUCGGCCGAUGGAAUUUUGUUGAAUUUAAUUGAAGACAUUUUGACGUUGGCUAAAAUUGAACAUGAAAAAAAGUUGGAAGAGAAGGAAGAAAUUGUCGACACUUCAAAAUAUGUUCAAGAAUUUAGUUUGGGACAUUGUGUGAAAAUGAUUGGAAAUAUUAUCAAGAGUUAUUCCACACAAUUCAAUGUGAAUGUUUUGGUCAAAAUUGAUGAAAUGACCAAAGAUAUUGUUAAAUUGGUGAAUGGAGUGAUGGAACAAGAUGUGAUUUUCAAAGUGAAAGAUCGAGGAGUUGGAAUUCCAAAAGAGAAACAACAAGUCAUAUUUGAACCUUUUUCUCAAUUACAUAAUGUGAAUGAAUCGAUUUAUCCAAGUUCUGGUCUUGGAUUGAACACUGUGUUGCACAAUGUCACUUCCAUGAGAGGAACUAUUCAUCUGGAAUCUGAUGUUGGAAAAGGUUCUGAAUUCACAGUCACUCUGCCACUUGAAAUUGUUUCAUCAACUUCAGACGAUUCGAGCAACGAGCGGACAGAACUCGAGGUAGAUCACUCUCUGAAAAAACAGCUCUCAAUUCAAGAAAAUUAUUUGAAAUUGUUUGCGUCGGCUGAGCAAACAGUAAUUUCUAAAAGCAAGGCAAAGAUCAUCAUUGCCGAUGACAAUGCCAUUAAUCGAAAGGUCAUUGUCAAGUUGAUUGAAAGCUUGGGAUUUGAAACAGAUGCAGUGUGUGAUGGACAACAACUCAUUGAGAACAUUGAUGAGAAGAGACACAAAUUGGUAAUUACUGAUAUUAAUAUGCCAAAUUUGAACGGAAUUGAAGCUGCACGAAUAAUACGAGAACGAUUUAAAGAAAGGAUAAAAGUGGUGGCAUUGACAGGGGAUGUUCUUGCUGACACUCCAUCAUAUCUAUUCGACUCAGUCAUCGUCAAGCCCUGCCACAAAGCAACCCUUAAACAGUGCAUUGAUUUGAUAUCAUUCGAAGAUUAG